ACUCCCACUCUCUCCUGAUGGGAAUUUAGUCACCUAAUUAUGUCAACAGCUUUCAGACAUGGACUCUGAAGUAGGAAUCGGCAGCGAUAAAACGGCCAGGUAACAUUUUAAAAUAUCAUCCUUUUAUUGUUAACACAUUUCUAUGUCACCUCUCUAAUGUGCAAAAUAAAGUUGUUUAAGUAGUGUUCUGUUUGUCUAAUCCUUGGUGAUAGCGUCUGUAUUGUUUUACUUUGGAGAGAAAAUGUAAAAAAGUAGUGCUUCAAAUAGUGUGUAUGUCUGUAUCCAUGGCCUUUUGAAGUUUACACUUCACUUUUUUGGCCUUUAUCAUUAUUUUCCCUGUUGGCUACACUCUGCCAGAGACACCAUCUGUGCAGCAAGCUAUCCCACCACUGUCCAUAAGACAUCUGUCAGUGCCACAUUUCACUUUCUAAAGAUGACGAUAUCUGAUAGGACGCAGUCAACAUACUGGGCCCGUGAAGGUUUGUUUUCAGACAAAAGGCCGGUCCGCAGCCUCCGUGACAGCACACUAGAUAGUGAACUUUCAGUAAAGGAGGAUCUUUUCUUGGAGAUAAAACACCGUUUCACCUUUUUUGGCUGAAGAAAUGAAGACUCUGCAUCACUUUGCAAGGUAAAGAAUGUUGUCAUUUAAUAUUAGAAAUGUAUAUGUGAUCCUUAGGUACAUUAUAGUGGAGGAUUCUUUCUAUGUUAGAAUCCUCCCCUCAGCAGUGUAACACUAUCUGAUAUCUUCCUACAUUGUUAGUAACAUAGAGGCAUGACUCACUGAUAGGUACACUCAUCUGCCACUUUAUUAGGUACACAGGACACCUAAUAAAUUGGCAGAAGUGGCACCCAGUUGAGCUUUCUGCCAUAGUAAAUCCACUUCAAAGUCCAACAUGUUGUGUGUUCAACCUUUUUUGUAACAAACUUGAGUUACUGUUGCCUUUCUAUAAUUUCAAACCAGUCAUACUAGUCAUUCCCCUCUGACUUCUGACAUCAACACUGCUUUUUUGUCCAGACACACUGAAUAUCUCUCAUUUUUUCUGACCAUUCUCUGUAAACCCUAAAGAUAGUAGUGUCAAAAAUAAAUCCCACUACAUCAGCAGUUUCUCAGACCAGCCUGUCCAGCACCAGUGACAAUCAAAGUCACACAAAUAACCUUUCUUCCUCGUUCUGAUGCUUGAUUUGAACUUCAGCAGGUGAUCGGUCAGUCAAAAAAGGAGGAGAAUACCCAACCAAACCCUUCAGAUUUCAAUGUCAGCAGCAGGAUCAACAUGGCGCCCCCUGCUGAGGACUACUACUGCUAUCACUUCCAGCCCAACACCUUUGACCCUUCCCGCUGCAGUUCCUGCCUUCGGCCUGAUCACAUGCACCUCAGCAGCAACAUCACUGCUGCUGCUGCACAAGAGGACAGUCUACAAGAGCGGGAAACAGAUGACGACAAUCACGCUUUUUCUGAGGUUACCACAAGCGCCAGUAGUGAUGAUGAUGAUGAUGAUGUCAGCAGUGGCUGGACUUAUGAGUGGAGUCUUGUCCGCAGCCUGAGUCCUGAGUGGGAACUCAAUAUCUGUGUCACUGACAUACAAUCCAGCUGUCCAAACCAGUGGGGCUGUCCAGAGAGGAGCCGAUCCCUCAGCUCAGAGAGCCACUGUGGUGUGGCACAAAUAGAUAUGACCCGACUGGACCCUUCUCCCCAACGAGGCACUGAUAAAUCCUGGAUGGACGAGAGGAGGAGCAGAGACAGGUCCCGCCGGACAUCAGAGUCCAGAGGAAUUAGGGAGCAGGAGAGUGGCUACUUUUCUCCAGACAGAAAAGGUGAGCGUGAGCGGCAGACGGAGGACGUCAACAAACGGACUUUCCGUUACUAUGAGAGAGGGCAUGCUCUACCCAGCAACUACCUUCUUGAACCCAAGGCCUGCGUCCCCUACAGAAAUGUCAACCUUGGUGUGCCGUCCCAGAGGAGGAACACAGAGACGUACACGCAAGAAAUUUGGAGGAGUGAAUCUCCACAGAGAUACACAUACCACUCCAACUUCAGACGUGGAACUGACUCACAGACAAGUUCUCCAACCCGUCACAGCUCUGUGAGUCCAGAUCGCUACAAGUUACCCGAAUCUCCUUCAGGGCCGCAGAGGGGGAGCUCCCUCUCUAGGAGUCAAGCUCGGUCACAUGUCUCAUCACGUGGUUCCUCUCAGCUCCCAUCGCAUGUUCCCUCUCACCGCACAUCAGGCCGGUCCAGUCCAUCUCGCAGAAGGGAGUCCCUCAUCUCUCGAACUGGCUCCCCCUUGAGGGCCCCUUCGUCUCACAGGCACACCGACUCAUACCACUACCAGAACGGAGAUUAUGAUGCUCAAAAGGGAUGCAGCAGAGAGUCAAGGAGUCCAUCACAAGCUUCAGUCAAACACAGUCUGGACUCUGAGAAACUCUACAGAAAUCUGGAGUUCAUCUCUCGCCGUGGCUCCUCAGCUGUUCAGCAAAACUCAUACAAAGGCUCUCAAGCAUCUCCAAGAACCAGAACAAAUGUGAACAGCUCUGCCAACACUCGCACUUCUAACAGCCGAGAGGUAUCACCAGAAACAUCUGUGAGGAACAUCUACAGCACACAUAGCCCCACCUCACAGAAGGAUUCUCACUCCAGAGACAGCAGACUGAGUCCUUCUCAAGGUUCAUGGCAGGGUUCUGCACACUCCAUACUCAGCCUCCCACCAUCAUCACGUGGGUCUUCGACAUCAAGACGAGGCGUGGACUCUCAGGUGCUUGACAAUGCCGUGUCCCAUGCUGCAGUCACUGAAACUGAUAAGGGCAUUGAGGGGAAUAAUAAGUUCAGUGGUGACAGAAGCAGUAGCAACAUGAGACGAGGAAUGGAUGCUUUGUUGACCUCUGAACCCAAGAAAUCGGAAGUAGAACCUGAGGAGGUGGCGAUGACCAUGGAGGACUACAUAGCUCUGGCUGCGAUUCCAACCAUCUAUCUGGAGUCCGAAGAAGAGUUUGCUGGACUGCGGAGGAGGAACCAGAGCCCCAGUCCCUGCAGGGACCACCGAAUCAGGACAUUCAGGGACCAAGAUGAAAUAGAUGUCUACAGCUCAAGGCUGGAGCCAGAUGAGAGGGGCAGAGUUCGAGAGAGAGGAAGAGACAGACGGGAGAAGUGUCGGGACUCUGAGAAUGGACGAUCAUCUCGAAGACAGUCAACAGCAUCUGUUCACACACAGAGUUUAGAUAAUCAAAGUGGAAAGCAUAGAUCUUCAAAGCUGAAGGAGCGAACUCCUCCUGAGCAUCUGCAAACACAGGGGUGGAUGUCAAGGCUGGAUGAACAUGGAAAGUGGAGGAAACACUGGUUUGUGCUGGGUGAUUCCUCACUAAGGUACUACAGAGACUCAGAGGCUGAUGAGUCAGAUGAUCUGGACGGAGAGAUCGACCUCACCUACUGUGUGAAUGUGUCAGACUGUGACGUAGACAACAACUAUGGACUCCAAAUACAAACAAAGCGAGCAGUGUUCACUCUCUCUGCUGUGACCUCCAGAAUACGGCGGAACUGGGUGAAGUUACUAAAGCAGGCAAUCCAAAACAACAGGCACCAAUCAGACACCGGCAGUGAGAAAGAGAACCCCCUCUCCUCUAGACCGUCGUCAUACCAACCUCUCACUGCUCUCACCUGCAGGGACUCACACUAUGAACCAACCACUUCCACCAACACAGCUGCAAACUCCCAUCAGGCCGACCACCGCCAAACUGUAGACGGGCAUCAGCACGCAGACUUCUCUCCAGCCAGUCAGAGAGGAGAAGGGGAAGGCUGGGACAGAGAGCAGGCGAAGCGAUUGGAGGAGAGAAACAAGUGGUUUGAGGAGGGGGUCUCCUUCAGUGAGAUGGGCAGCAGGUGGGACUCGAUGGAGCUUAAAAAGGGGAGUGUACCAGUGCCUGUCAUUGAAACCAUGGACUCAGAGGUCAACAGGAAGUGGGUGGAAUUCGAGACGCUGUCAUUUAGUGACAUGAGUGCACAGUCGCUCAUUGGAGCUCAGAAUCAGUCAAGCACCCCACAGGCAUCGCAGCCCCUAGUUUCCACCCACAACUAUGAGUCAAGCCUCAGCCCCAAGGAGGCUGAACCCCGUGUCACUGGUUCAAAGACAGAUUUAACAAACGCAAAGGAACCUCCUCCAUCUGUCAGUUGUGUCCCGAGCACUCAAACUAAUGCAGCCGAAGUUCUUCAAAAGGAGGCCCUCUCUCUUCGAAAGCAAGUUGACAGCAUUAAGAGAGAGCGUGCAGCCAUGGGGAUGGAGGUGGAGAGUCCUUGUGGCCCCAGGGCCCCCUGUAGGGCCACACUGGAGGCCAUGGAAGUUGCCCAUCAGAAAGCACUGCAGGAGCUGCAAGAGAAACACAAGAGGGAGAUCAUGGAGCUGGAGAAGCAGAGAGACAAGAUGCUGCUGGAGGAGAGAGAGGCAGCUGCUAAGGCCAUGGGGGCGCUGAGAGCAACUCACAGAGAUGAGCUUGAGAAAGAGCUGGAGAAGGCCAGGAGGUUGUCGGGAGGAGGCGCACAUGUGGAGUCUUCAUACAGGAGGCACAUGCCCCCAGUGGAUAUUUUGCACAGUGAAUUAGAUGUGCUGUCAGAACAUUACUCUCAGACUUGCCUGGAGCUGAGUCGCACUGAGCAAAGCAGCAAGAGUCGAGAGACAGAGCUCGGCCACAAGGAGAGAGAGCUGGAGCAGCUCCGAAGAGAGAACAAGGAGCUCAAGGCCAAACUAGCAGAGGAGAUGAGCCGCAUGCGUUAUUUCAUCACAGGUCAGAGGUCGAACAUGGUGUCUGUGGGCAGCACUGAGCACACUGCAUCAGAAGUAGAGAUGCUGCUGAGAGCAAAAGACAGUGAGGUCCAGUCUCUUAAAAAAGAAAUCAGCUGUUUGCAGAAUGAGUUGCAGUCUCUUAAAAAGGAAAAAGAAGAAGCUUAUGGGCGUUAUAAGGAGGCCUACGUGGAGUUGAGUGACCUGAAGGGCCGUAGCCAGCUGGAAAUGAGCUCUCUCAAUGAACACUUGAGACUAACCAACACUGCACUUCAAGAAGGACCAAGACAGACCUGAGAAAUGAGGACAGUUAAAAUGUACCCGCAGAAUCAAAGCAAGCCACUAUAACAUAUAACAGCAUUAACUUACAAUAACUGUUUUUGUUUUUAUGACCAGAUGUGGCUUAGAAAUAUUUAUGGAAACUAAUGUGUACUUUCAAACCACCGCUAAGAAUUAAAAACAUUUUUUUUCCAGA